CCGGGAUGCAGCCUCUCCGGCCGCCGGUGCCCGGGCCCCUGGCCCUGCUGGACACGACAGAAGGGUUCGCGAGAAGAAAGAAGACUUCCCUGUGGUUUGUGGGCUCCCUGCUGGUGGUGUCCACCUCCAUCCUGACCGUCGGCCUCGCUGCCACCACCAGGACGCAGAACGUGACCAUGGGCGGCUACUACCCCGGGAUCAUCCUGGGCUUCGGAUCUUUCUUGGGAAUCAUUGGAAUCAACCUGGUGGAGAAUAGAAAGCAGAUGCUGGUGGCAGCCAUCGUGUUCGUCAGCUUCGGCGUGGUGGCCGCCUUCUGCUGCGCCAUCGUGGACGGCGUGUUCGCUGCGCGGCACAUCGAGCCCAGGCCUCUCACCGCAGGAAGGUGCCAGUUUUACUCCAGCGGGGUCGGCUACCUGCACGACGUCUACCAGACGGAGGUCACCUGCCACUCCCUGAACGGGAGGUGCCAGCUGAAGGUGAAGAGCAACACCUGCUACUGCUGCGACCUCUACGACUGCCAGAGCGCCGAGCAUCCGCCCACCUACUACGAGUUCGUGGGCGUCCGCGGCUGCCAGGACGCGCUCCACCUGUACCGGCUGCUCUGGGCCUCGGCGGCGCUGAACGUCCUGGGCCUGUUCCUGGGCAUCGUCACCGCGGCCGUCCUGGGGGCCUUCAAGGACAUGGUCCCGCUGUCCCAACUGGCCUACGGCCCGCCCACGGCACCUCAGGCCCUCUACAACCCCGCCCAGCAGGUCCUGGCCUACGCGGGCUUCUGCCCGGCGCCCGCGGCUGUCCCCAGCUGCUCGACGUACCCGCUGCCGCUGCAGCCCCCUGGUGGCUUCCCGGCCUCACCUGGCUCCGACCUCUCUCUGUCCGAGGAUGUGCAGCCUCCGUGCCAGCCCGGCUCCAGCUGUCGGCCGCCCCCCCAUGCCCCCCCCAUCUUCACCCUCACCCCCUUCCUCCCCGGGGAGAAGCCUCCCCCCUACGCGCCGUGAUGCAAAGGGUGGAGAUUGAAAACGAGUUUUUGGCUUGUUAGAAAACAGAGCAGCUUCUACGAACCCUGCUUCUGCGGCCAACCUCCUGGAGACGUCCGAGCCCUCCUCCCCUCCCUGGGCACAUCCGGGCAAGGAGAGGCCAGGACCGUGGUGGGGAGCCCUGGUGGCCGAGGCCACCUCACCCUGUGUGAAGCCACACACCAAGCGUGCUAAAAUGCCCGCCGGAGACUCCGUGCUCUGGUGGCAUCACUUACAAAAGAGUUUCAUUUUCCUCCUAGUUCAUUAUCUCUAUUAUGAUCAAGGGGAAUGUGGCAGGUGCCCCCGUGGGAGGACCACUUUCGAGGAAACGUGCUGUGUUUGUGUUUGUAUGUGUGUGUCCCCGGCGAGGGCAGGGUCGCCACCCUCAGCGCUGCCCUCCUGGCACCCACUCACUCGAGGGAAAACGUGUCCCAGCUCAAAUAUAAGUGCUCUU